CGUAGUGGAGAGGUCCAGCGACCUUCACAGGCGAGUGGCGAGGCCGGAGACAGACUUCGACCUCGCUUCCCUCGGCUUGGUGGUCGUCGAGACACUAUCUCUGUGUCUUUGUAAGCAUGCCAAUCAAGCCUUACCUUAAUACACAUGGUGGCAUCUCAGAAUGCCCUGAUCCUAUCUGGGUAUGCUUCUUACUGUUCAAAAUAUAUGCAUAGCUUACUCCAUGUAUUACUUGCAAGACGGAAUUGUCCCUCCUCUGAAGCAUGUCUUCCGGGACAAGCUCCAAGCCCCGAGCAGCAGCGGAGGAAGGCAGAGAGAAUUAGGCGGAACAAGAAAAGAAGGCCUCUCCAUAACCACUAUGCAAAUGGUGGAGGCUUUUGGGACAGUGGCAUGGAGGGCUUUGAGAGUGAGGAGGUGGGGAAGAGUGAAGUGUGGGAGGGGGUGGGAUCUACCACAAUAGAUGGCAUAGAUUGGCACUGAAGUGAAAGCUGUUGAUUAUGUUUUGAUCUUGUUAAUUUGCAAUGCCUUCAGUUCUCUCUUUUCUUAUUCUAGUUUCAGCAUGUAUCCUUCGUUAGCAUAUCAAGCAUACUUUAACAAUAGAAAGCGAUGCCUCCAC